GUGCCUCACCUUAUUGGUGGUCCACCAGGGACGGGUAAAACCAGGACAGUCGUAGAAGCGGUGCUUCAAAUCCUCCGCCUUCAACCUGAAGCUUGUGUUCUCCUCUGCGCACCCUCGAAUCCAGCAACAGAUACCCUCGCUCAACGACUUCAGCCAAACCUUACUCCAUCACAAAUGUUGCGACUGAACGAUCAAAACAGAACGUUUGCUGAGGUGCCCACUCAAGGGUCCGAACCCGAACUCCUCAUACCCAUCUCCGUCAUUGUGCCCCAUGUGCCAGACAACGAAAUUGUUCCCAAACCAUUCCUACCUCAAUUAGUGCUUUGUGGUGAUCCUAAUCAGCUGGGCCCCAUCGUAACAUCGGAGGAGGCUCGCACGGGUGAACUCAAUGUAUCACUGCUAGAACGCCUAUUCGAGAGACCACUAUAUACGGCUAAAAAGGGAAAUUCGUUGGCCCUCAUGCCCUCUCUCGCGCCGUCUACCAAUCUUGUCAAGAAUUACCGCAGCCACCCUGUGAUUCUGAUGCCGCCAUCAGCCAUAUUUUACAACGAUACAUUACAACCAUUCGCCAAGAACGGGACCGUGGUAUGGUCUGGCCUUCCGAACCCAAAGCUUCCGCUAAAGGUGAUCGGGACCGACUCCAAAGAGGAGAGCAACGACGAAAGGGCUACGUGGUACAACCCUGGCGAGAUCGAGGAGGUUGUGGAGGUUAUCAAGUCUUUGCUGAAGGAUGCCCAUCUCUGCAAACCUGUGCUCCACCCUGAGCAAAUUGGGGUUAUGGCGCCGUGGAGGGAGCAGGUGUGGAAGUUGCGAGAGAAGUUGAGGAAGGAGAUGUUGAAUGCCGUUGAUGUUGGUACUGUCGAGGAUUACCAAGGUCGGGAGAGUAGGGUGGUCGUUAUAUCUUGCGUACGGUCACAGGAACGUUUCUUGGAUGAGGAUAUCAGAAAAGGUCUCGGUUUGAUUUACGAGCGAAAACGGAUGAAUGUGGCGAUUACUCGUGCUAAAGAGCUAUUGGUAGUCGUUGGAAACGGGGCGUUAUUGCAGCGCGACCCGUACUGGAAGAGCUUCCUGCAGUUUUCGGUAAGGAAUAAACUGUGA